AUGAAUAGAAAGAAUACACCGUUAGUGCCAAUUUUUAACUGCAAGAAAAGAACACGAGAAGCAAUCAUUGCUGAGGAGGGUGAAAAUUACACAUCUCCAUCCGACUUUGUCCAUUCUGACCAUUGUAGGCCGAGUACAGGUGAUUCACAUAUUGAUGCACCUCAAAAUAUCGGCUAUGAUCAUAACAAUCAAAUGGCACCAUAUUCCUACCAGAAAAAUAAAACAUGGGAAAAUGAACAAAACUUUCAGUGCCAGUCUUCUCAGAGUGAAGGGAUGAAGAAUAAUUCAAGGUUUCAAUAUCAGCAUAGUUCAACCCAAAUGAACAGAGGAAGAGAAAGAAACUUCAAUCAGAAUUCCUACAGUCAGACAAGAAAUUCACAGAGAUCAAACAUGGAUUUGAUACCACCUAACCCUCCCAACCCAAAAACAGCUAAAUACACAGCAAGUCAAAGAUCAGCAGGGGCAGGAAAUAGCCAGCAUAACAGACCCCCAGGAGGGGGACAGGGUCCUGAUAACAGAGUGGGGUACAGGGGACAGGGCACUGAUAACAGAGGAGGGUACAGGCAAAAUGCCAGUAACAGUAAAGGGCAUGGUAGAGGCAUCAGUGAUACACAGAAUAAUAUGCAUCCAAAUGCUACAAGCAGCAGUUCAUACCAGAAACAGAGUCAGAAUCAAUGGGAGAAAAGCAAACAGUGGAAUAGUGGAAGCAACCAGGGGAGCAGCAGUAGCAACCAAUGGAACAAUAGAAGCAACCAGUGGAAUAGUGGGAGCAACCAGUUAAACAGCCAGAGGAAUAGUGGUAGCAAACAGAGGAGUAGUGGUAGCAACCAGUGGAAUAGUGGUAGCAAACAGCUGAAUGAUGGGAACAGCCAGUGGAAUAGGUGUAGUGGUAACUUUGACUUUAGGAAUAGAGCAGGUUCAGCAGAAACAGGUUUUCUUAGUGGAAACCAAAGUUGGAGUCAGUCAAAAAUUGUUGGUCAAAGACAGUCUGGGAAUCAGUGGGGUAGAGAUGGUCAAAUGCAACCUGCUGUUGACAUGAGUGGUAGUGCAUGUAAUGUGGAUAGGAGAUAUGCACCAAUUGCUUCCUCAUUUCAGAUUCCUGAUGCCACUGGAGAUGGAGUACCUUUGCACAGUGUAAGCGGUGACUCCUGGCAUAAGAAUGUGUGGACAACGCAGCAGCAGGGGAUUGAAAGAACUCAAAGUACAAAAGCCCCAAACACAGCUGAGACAAAACCAGACCAGAAGCCAGCAUUGGACAGGUCACUAAGAGUCAUUACUACAGAUCUAGCUGGAAUACAGAACUGGGAGCACCUCAGAGGGAUGUUUACUUUUCUGUUUGAGAUAUUUGCCCAAGUGAAUUCUGCAACUGUUAAAGUACCAGAGGUUGAUGCUAAAAGAUUUUCAGUCAAGGAGUAUAAUACAUCUAUGGACUGUAUCUUCUAUGAAAUUGACCACUCUUUACCAAAGCUUACCGGAGGAAAAAUAUACAGAAUUGUUGGGUCCUAUGACAGCCACCAAAAUUUGAUCAAAUGUGUAUCUAUCCGAGAGGCAAACCAGGAGGAGCAUGUGGCUCACCAGAAGAAUGUCGAGGUGUGUGCAGAGUAUAAACUGAAGCUCUCCAGUCUUGUCAGAGAGCAGUAGGCAAAUUCCAGUACAUAUGUUGGUGAAGAACAGCAAACCAUAGGUGUCUGUUCCGAUUCCUAUGAGCAUACAUGAGCAUUGUUAGAGUGCUGAUUAAAAAAGAGUAUAUUGUAAAUACAUACUUGCCAAGAAAAAUCAUUUCACAAGGAGAUGUGAUCAUGAAAUCUGGUCAUCAGCUAUUGUCAUUAGUGAUAUCCAAUUAUUUGUUUUAUUGAAAGAUUUUACAUGGAACUUUUUUUUAAACUAUAAAACAAGAGGUAAUUGUUUUUAAGAGUACUGAUAACCAUUCAGAAUAAAUAUAUAAGUUAUCCUGCUUACUUUUAAAUUAAGUUUUCUGAAUUUUUAUACAUUGUAUUUCAAGCAAGGAUUGAACAUUGUAUAAAAAGAAGCAUAAUGAAACUGUUAUCCAUGAAGCAUCCAUACUUAUAUGAUGGGAUUGCAACAUUUUUUUCUCUUAUCAAUAAUUAGAAUAUUCAUUAAUGGUUCAGUAUUUAAUA